AUGACAUCGCAACCAGCAGAUAGGGUCGCCUACAAUAAUGACUUAACUCCUGUCGAAGACGCAGGCAUUGAGGGCCGCUUUCAACAACUCCCUGGGCCUUCAAGCCCACGACAGACACCUCACACAAAGUCCUCUUAUUCACAAGAAGCUAGGGCUGCUCGAUGCGCCUCAGCAGCAUCCCGCGCCGAGUAUGACGUCCCGGAUACAUAUGAAAAUUUGGGAGAGACAGCCAACAUCCCACCUGUUCAGAACCCGGACGAGGAAUCAGUUCAUCGAUACGAGACACUCGAGCAAGAAAGAGCCAGAGAACAAAGCUAUGCUCGCGACCGCCGACGCCAGGAUGAGGAUCCUGCAACAAGGGCAGCAGUACAAGCAGAAGAAAAAGCCGAAGCAGCAAGCUACCCUGUGUCCAAAAAAGAAACUCAAAUCUACACCCUUUCCUACUUAAUCUUUUUCUCCAUCUUUGGGACACUGGCCAGGCUUGGGCUCCAGGCGAUCACCAUCUAUUCCGGAACACCCAUCAUCUUCACCUCUGUCUGGCCCAACUUUGCUGGCAGCGUGGUUAUGGGUUUCCUGGCCGAAGAUAGGAUGCUAUUCCGGCAAGAAUGGGGCAGUCCAUCAUCAAACGGAGCCGAUACCGAACGUGGCAGUGUGUCAGUUGACUCGGAGGGCGCGAGAAAAGCGCACCUUGCCAUCAAGAAGACUAUUCCGCUGUACAUUGGUCUCGCCACGGGUUUCUGUGGAUCCUUUACGUCUUUCUCUGCCUUUAUGAGAGACGUAUUUCUUGCGCUCUCAAACGAUUUACCUGCGACCAAUGCCCCCAGCAGGAGCGGAGGCCAUACUUUUCUCGCAUUUAUCGCCAUCCCUCUGAUCACCAUUUCCAUGUCUCUGGCGGGCCUCUUCUUUGGGGCACACAUGGCUAAUUUUCUCGAGCCAUAUACGCCAUCGCUGCCUUUUCUCUUUACUAGUAAAAUUCUGGACCGUUUAAUCGUUCUGCUCGGCUGGGGUUGCUGGCUAGGAGCGAUCAUAAUGUCUAUUUUCCCGCCGCAUGACAGUUGGCGAGGCACAGCCACCUUUGUGCUGGUAUUCGCGCCAUUGGGUUGCCUCCUCCGGUUCUAUAUCUCGCUGCGGCUCAACAGUCGUGCGCCUAGUUUUCCCUUGGGGACGUUUGCUGUUAACAUAUUCGGGACGGCUGUACUGGGAAUGUCAUGGGACCUGGCUCAUCUGCCGGUAGGGGGAGUCAUCGGGUGUCAGGUGCUGCAAGGAAUACAGGACGGAUUCUGUGGGUGCUUGACGACUGUCUCGACAUGGGUUGCGGAGCUGGCAGUACUAGGGAGGAGACAUGCGUAUAUAUAUGGCGCGGGAAGUGUAGGUACGGGACUGGUGAUGCUGGUGGCCAUAAUGGGAGGUUUGAGAUGGGGUGAUGGUUGGAAUCCGCUGGUCUGUACACAUUAA